CUUUGGGUCUUUCAGUGGUGUAUAGUGCCUGAGGCUCUGUUCCUUAGCUUUUGUGGUACUAAGCUGCCCUAAGCACCGUUUCCUUCCAGCCCCAUCCCUACUGUGACACCAACUAAAUGCCUUCUCUUCCUCCAGGUCAUCUUGGCCCGGCAGUAUGGCUCUGAGGGCAGGUUCACAUUUACCUCCCAUACCCCUGGCGAGCACCAGAUCUGUCUUCAUUCCAAUUCCACCAAGUUCUCUCUCUUUGCAGGAGGCAUGCUGAGAGUUCACCUGGACAUCCAGGUGGGUGAACAUGCCAACGACUAUGCGGAAAUUGCGGCCAAAGACAAGUUGAGUGAGUUGCAGCUACGAGUGCGACAGCUGGUGGAACAAGUGGAACAGAUCCAGAAGGAGCAGAACUACCAGCGGUGGCGAGAGGAGCGCUUCCGGCAGACCAGCGAGAGCACCAACCAGCGGGUGCUGUGGUGGUCCAUCCUGCAGACCCUCAUCCUCGUGGCCAUCGGCGUCUGGCAGAUGCGGCACCUGAAGAGCUUCUUCGAAGCCAAGAAGCUUGUGUAGCCGCUCAGGCCUCAUGGCCCAUCUUCCUCCUGGCUGGGAGAAGGCGCCUCCUGGAACUGACUUCUCUCUGGCCGGAGGACUGGUUUCCAGCCCUAGGUGUUCUGGAGGGGAGGGGCUGCAGGCCCCCUCAGGCACAAGCUGAGGGCAGCGGCUUAGCUGGCUGAUGCUGAGCAGGGGUGAGCAAGUGCCUGCCCCUCCCCCGACCCCUGGGCUCUUCGCAGCGGUCGCCCAGGGGCUGAUGAAGCCCUGGGAGCCCCGUGGGCACCUCAGAGUCACAGUGUUACUGAUCAGGGAUGCAGGCUGCUGUCUGGGGGGAGGAGGGGGCAGUGGGUGGGCCAGCGGUCUGUCUUCCGUCUUCCUUUGCUGGCCUGGAUUUUGAGCAGGCUGGGCUGUGGCUGGGCUCCCCUGCCGCCCUGGGGACCUACUGUUCUCUCUCUCUCUGCCUGGGCCUAGCCUGCUGAUCCAGGGUGUACGUGUCAGCCGUGGGUGGGGUGAAGGGUUGCCGUGUGGGAAAGCGGCCCUGAGGUCCAUGCCAGCUUCUUCACAUGGCAGUCCGUUCUGGGAGGCGAGGAGCUGGGGUCUGGCCCGGCAGAGGUGGUGCUGGAUGGGGUGGGGCCUGCAGAGUCUAGUUGCUGAUUUCAUUUGCAAAAAGUCUAGGUUUGUUACAUUGGUUUCCCAAUUAAAAAAUUAACUUCUU